AAGGAUCAAAUUAAGAUUUUGGGUGUCCUUCAUUGGCUUUUGAUCAAAAGAAAAGUCUAACCAACCAAAUAGCUGAAAGUUGUCUUUUUUUUUCUUCUUGAAGAUGGAAAACGCACCAUCAAAGUCUCAAGUCCUAAAGCCAGUGAUCCUCAAAGCUGGUGUUCCUUUGGCAGUGUCUUUUGCUGGUUUCAUCUAUGCUUGGAUCAUGGCUAAGAAAAGCAUCUCUAAACCCACUUCUUUAUCAUCAUCAAAUGAAGCAAAUUCUCAUCAAGAGCCUCAACAUGAAGAAAGUUGUCAUAGCCUCUCUUAUAUGGAAGAUGAAGAAGAACAUAGUACCUCUGUGGAUGCAAGUGUAGUUGCUGAGAGCUCAGUGAUCCAUGAUACCCCAUGUUUUGAAGAAGAGAUUAAAGGCUUAAGAAGCAGAAUUGAAGGCAUGCAAAUGAGGGAAUUGGCCUUACGUUUGCAGUUUGAUCAUUAUUGUGAUAUGAAAGAGCAAGAAUCUCUUCUUGGAGAGAUCAAAAACAUGUUGUCACUUGAGACUGCUCGUGUUGACUUCUUGGAUAGAGAGAUUUCAUCCAUGGAGACAGAGAAUAAGAGAUUGGAAAGUUUUUCAGUUCAAUAUCUUAGAGUUAUUGAACAGAUUGAGAAUUGGAAAUCUGAGAAUAGAAUGCUUCGGAGGAAGUUUCAGAAGCUGCUGAGGAAAUCUAAGGCACAAACCCGCCUUGCAAAGGAGCAGGCUUUGAAGAUCAAAGUGGAAGAAGAAGAAAUUUUGAGAAGCCAUGAUGCCUUGGAAACAAAAGUUAAUGUCAUAGGUAAACUAGAGGAUAAAAUGAAAGAGCUGCAAAGGGUGUUGGAUCAAUUGCAGGAUGAGAAGAAUGAACUUCUGAAGAAGCUUGAUACAGCAGAAAAAUCAUAUGCUUCUAAGGUAAGCAAAAGUUGAAUGGCAUCCUAAUCAUUACAAUACAAUGUUCCCCAUUUGCAGAUUGAAGCUGGAGAUGUAAGUAGGGAAGAGUACAAACAGCUUUUGGAUGAAUUGGAGCAGAUCAAGAAGGAAAGAGCAGAUGAAGCUAAAGAACUCAUUUACUUGAGGUGGACCAAUGCUUGUUUAAGGCACGAUCUAAUGAGGAACCAUGAACAACAACAGAUUCAGGAUAAAAAUCAUAUAGAGUUGGAAUUUGGAGGAAGCGAUGACGUUAUCCAUUAUGACUCAGAGCAUGAGUUACACAAUUCCCUUUUGGAGCAUCACAGUGAUCCUUCGUUUGAUGAGCAUCCUAGUGCUCAUGAUCAUAGUGACAGUGCUUGUUCAAAAAGAAAAAAGUUUCUUGAAAGACUAAAGAGAUGGGUGGAAGGCAGUGAAAAGGCAAGGAUUAGGCCUUCUCUUUCCAAAGGGGCAGAGGAACAUCUAGUUCCUAGGAGGAGGUCAUGCUCUAGUGCUUAUUGAUUGCUACUUGCAAACACAAAAGUUUGAGGUUGGCAUAGAAGCAGUGAUAAUGUGAUACAGCAAUAAAAUAAGGGUCUUACUAAUUGGCUACCUCUUCCUCCAUGAGAAGACAAUGUUGUUAUAUAAUACAUGGGCAUCACUAACGCAGUUACCUGAAAAAAGAAAUAUAGUUCCACCACAAUCUGAUCUUCUAUGAACUUGUGCACUAUAGAUC